AUGCGAAACAAGGUAAGGAGAGGUUCUGAGUUACUUGUAAACUCUGAAAAUCCCUUUAUUGGGCAUAUUAUCCCUAAAAAUGAGAGGAUAUAUGGGAAGAUAAUGUUUAAUAUAUUUGGGAUUGCAUCGCUAUUUACAUGGAAUGUAUAUUUAAGCUGUUGUGGGAUUUUAAAUAGGGAUUUGUUCCCUAAUAUGGGAUUUAUGCAGUAUAUACAAACAAGUUAUAUGACUUCUGUACUAGUAGGAAACUUAACUAUGGUAAUGGGUUUAACUCACUUAUUUGAUCCUCAUAGAUGUACAGUAAUGCUAAAUUGUAUGGGAGCAAUCCAAUCUACAAUUGUAGCUAUCUCUAUUUGGCUUUUAUUUGGAUCUUUUUCAGGGUGUCUUAUAAACAUAGUAGUAACAGCUCUUGUAGCAUUCAGCUGUGCUAUUUUAAUUCCUGAAACAUUUACAUUAGCCUCUAUAAUGCCUGAAAAUUUCUGUUUAGAUGUUUCAUUCGGGCAAGGAUUAAGUGGAGUAAUAACCUUUGCUUUAACUUUUAUAUUAGAUAUGUUGUUGCCAAGUACAAUAUUAGGUAGAAGAAUUUUGGUAACUACUUUAUUUAUUAUGAGUACAAUCAUCUCUUUAACUGCUGCUGGACUUGCUCAAACAUUAACAAAACUUCCAUGGUGUUACUCAGUAAUUGCAGAGAUGCGUAGAAGUUCAAUUUACUCAUUAGAGUCCUCAUUACCUAGAACAUCAAGAAUUUCGUAUGCAGAGUCAGUUAUGUCUGUACCUAUAUCUAUAGAAUCAGAGUAUAAUGUUGAGUAUAGUACAUUUAAAGUAUCUACACUAAUAUGGCAACAACUUUACAAUAUUUUUAUGACAUUUUUAGUUACUUUGACUGUAUUUCCAACUAUUUGUACACAAUGGGAAGCUUUUAAUAUUCCAGAGCGAUAUUCUAACCUCUUUACCAUUUUACUUGUUGGGAUUUUUCAUUUAGGAGAUAUACUUGGGCGUUAUUUACCUAGAUUUGGUAUAUUUAUCCCUCCUUCAUUUCUAUGGGUACUCACAACUGCAAGGUUAGCAUUUAUACCAUUAUAUGCUCAUUUAAAAACUGCUCCUGCAACUAAUAUUAUUGGAUCAAUUUGGUUUAAAUUUCUUACUCAAUUUUUAUUAGCUUUAACUAAUGGAUGUUGUGCUUAUUUAGCAUUUAUAUAUGGUCCUGAUGCAGUAUAUCAGCGUCAAAAUAAGGAGAAAGCUUCAUUUUUACUUGCAAUAUAUAAUGUGGCUGGUAUGACUGCUGGUAGUUGGUUGAUGAAUUUACUUAUUUGGAUAGGUUUCUUUCAGUUAAAUUAA